AUGGGUACUUUAAUAAGCCCAAUUGCUCUAUUCCCAUAUCCAUGCUACUACGGUGUGAACAUUGCCGGCACGUUGAGCUUGGAGUCUCAAAAAGCUUAUUUCUUAAUUGGCAUAGCUUCGAUUAGUGGCAAAUGUUGUGCUUUGGGUUUACAAGUGGAACGACGCAUCUAUCACACGUUCUCGGUCGAUUCACGGUACAAAAUCUUCUGUUCUAGACUAAAAAGCUGGACGGAACUGCCGAUUAGAGCUGGCAUUUUGUUGGCAUUUGUGAUGCUGGUAUUGGUAAGAAGAGGGUUAGGGGUUGGCUAGGGGCAGGGUAAGGGUUCUGUAAGGUAAAGCCCAAAUUUCGGGUGGUAUCGUAAACAAGGGUGUGGUACGAUAGAGUACGGUAAGAUAAUAUAUGAUAAAAUAAGGUUUUCAGUGUACUUAUCUGUAAGCUAGGGCUUUGGGCUAGGGCUCUGUGCUGGGGCUAGGUACUUUAUAUCAACCUAAAAUCGUAAUGAUGUUUUAGGGCCCAUUCGUAUUAUCUAUGCCAGACCAAGAACAGGCUAGACGUGAUCUCUCCUCCACUGAUUCAGUAGCCAAAUCUAUUAUGUCCACCUACCCAGGACUGAUCUGUUUCUCUUCAGUUGGUGAUGUUACCCAAACACUAAUCCUCCCCUUCCUAAUAUUGAUCGCCCUACCCUUCGUAGGGUGUGGCAUACUGUAUAGUUUGUUCCAAGCCUUAGCCUUGAACGUAUUAUCAACCAAGACCCUCAAGCUCCAACUUAUGUUGUACUGGGCGUUAGCUAUGCAAGUUUUAGGAAUCGUCGCUUUCGUCAUUUUGCCUGGGGCAUUCUACGUUGGCGGACCGAUGGUUGGGAUGCGUGGUAUGCCCAAGAUCACCAUGUAUUGUUUCUACUUUUUUUCCUUACAUACUGGAGUUGAUUGCCUGAUGGUGCUGUACUUUAUACGACCCUAUCGGAAUACAGUAAGAAACUGCUGUAGAAGGGUGGCACAAAGAAGAUUGACCAUCGUGGAUUCAACCAUUUUUAGUAGAUAA